AUGCGAUGCACCCUCUGGAUCGCGCUGCUGAUCCACCGUGCGCUCGCGGACGAUGCGGCCUACUCCGAUGCGACGGUGGCGCGGUUCCGGAGCGACGCGGCCUGCGCCGUCGUCGCCGGCGACCCGUCGCCGUCGCGCUGCUGCCCGUCCUACGCGCUGGCGGCGUCGGACGUGCGCGGCGGCGUCGCGAACUUCGACGCGCUGUGGAUCGAGGCGAUCCCCAAGGCGGCCUGGACGACGGUGCGCGAGGGCCUCGUUCCCGCGCUGGCGCCGGUCGCGAAGGUCGCGACGCCGCGGGCCGAGGACCGCCUCGCGGGCUCGGAGGUCUGCCCGGCGCGCAACGCGACGGCCGCGGCGCGCUUCGUGCUCGUGCGCGACCCGCUCGCGCGCGCGAUGUCCGCGUUCCACGAGCUCCGGCGGACGCGCCUCGGCCACUGGGACCGGUCCCGGGGGCGGCGGCACCUGCCGUCGCUCACGGCGAGCCGCGACGACUUUUCCAACGAGUCGCAGGUCCUGGCCGCGUUCUUCGCGGACCUCGGCAACGGCGUCCUCGACUUCGACGCGCACACGUGGCCCCAGUCGCGCUGCGUCGCGCCGUCGGCGGCGUCCGCGGCCGCGUCCGUCGUCGGCCGCCUCCACCGCGCCGACGCGGCCUGGCGCGUUUUUCGGAGCAUCGCGGGCGUCGCCGUCGAUUUCCCGGAGGCGCGGCGCAACGAGCGCCACCGCGGCACCGCGGACCACCGGCGGCGCCGCGCGCCGACGGCCUCGCUCCUCGACGGCGCCAUGUGGGACGCGUUCUGCCGCCACUACCGGCGCGACUACCGCUGCCUCGGCUUCGACCCGCCGCCGGCCUGCGCGUCGCGCUGGGGCGGCCCCGCCAUCCACGACGGCCAGCACUCGACGAGCUUCUCCGACAUCCACGCCAAGUUCUUCGCGCACCCGGCCGCGCGGCAGAGCCUCGCCCACCAGCCCCUGCGCGCCCCGCAGAGCCGGCGGCUCGCGCCCCCGGAGCCGCGCGACGACUUCUUCGCCCGGCCCGCGACGGGCCACGUCGGCCGCCACCGGCCGCCGCCGCCGUCGGCCUUCGACCCGCCGAGCGGCGGCUACUUCCCCAAGGCGCGGGCCUGGCACCGGCAGCAGGAGGAGGCGCGCACCAACGGCUGGCUCCGGCCGCGGCCGACGACGGCGCAGCAGCUCAAUUCGGCGCCGCCCUUCCAGUCGCAGCUCGCGCCCGCGGCGUCGCGCGACUACUUCCGCUCCCAGUUCGACGCCAACUUCGAGCCGCGCUUCGAGGCCGCGCCCGCGCGCCGCCACUCCGACGAGGUCGGCCGGCCGCGCGGCCCGCCGCCGCAGUCGGACCGCGACCGCGAGUUCCUGCGCGCGGCGCGCGAGCGGAGCCGGAUGCGCCGAUAG